GUCUGUGUCUGUCUGUGUGUGUGCCUGCAUGAUGGGCCGUCCCACCACUCACAGUCGUCCUCCCAAAGCUAGAUUCCCAUUAUACAUUUCAAAUGCACAAGCACAUGCACAUGCACGUCCGUCAACGAACCGUGGAUCGCUCCGUCACGGAUGGAUCUCUUUCAAGGUUUAUCAUUAGUGGAGAUGUGUUGUGCACGUGUUCGGGGACAUGUGCCCGCGGUGUGACUUGGGUUUUCGUCUCUCCUUCCAGAUUCAUCCUCCUCCUCCUCCUCCUCCUCCUCCUCCUCCUCCUCCACCGUGGGACCAACAUCCUUCCGACCGCAGCUAAGGAUCUCCACAGUUUAGCCUAAGAGGGUAUACCGACUGCCAGUAUGGAGUGUGGUC